UCUGACAUUUGAAUUUGAUGGGUUGAUACGUCCUGUCGUUCGAUUAUCGAAUGAUGAGUGAGCCAGUGUUUUUAACUAACAAUUACGAGUAGAAACUGUAAAUAUUUUAAGAUAACGAUGUCCGAAAUUAACAUGGAGAAGUUCGCUGUGCCAGACUUUGUGCCUGAGCGGUAUGUGAAGGAACUGGCCAAGUCCUGUGUCGGAGGGGAGGAGCUCCAACAACAGAAGGAUAAGAUACGAUCAUUAGCCGAAGAGACCGCCAGUGCCCUCAAGAAAAAUGUGUACGAGAACUACAUGCAGUUCAUCGAGACGGCGACGGAGAUAUCCCACCUAGAAGCUGAAAUGUACAAGCUGUCCCACCUGCUGAGCGAGCAGCGAACUGUGCUCACGACUCUCUCCCACGCGUCGGUCCUCGGCAACGAGAACGCGAUCUCGCGCGAGUCACUCGACAACCACGACGUGGAGGCCGAGCGUGCCGAGGAGCAGCGCAAGAACAAGCUCAACCUUAUCUCUGAGAAAGUGGAAGGUUGUAUGAACUUAUUAGACGUCCCAGAUAGAACAUUGCUACACGAAGGUGACCUACUAGAGAUCGACGCCGAAGAGAACACUGCUCUACAGAGAAUGCAUGUGUAUUUAUUCAAUGAUUGCCUUAUGUUGACAUCGUGGAUAUCAAACCGCAGAGGUCCUAAUAGAUAUAAGUUUCAGGCCAGUUACCCUAUCAGUACCCUUGCUGUGGUGAAUGUGAGAGACUUAGGAAGUGUGAAACAAGCUUUCAAAGUGUUAGCCUUCCCAGAUACUAGAGUGUUUCAGUGCAAUAGUUUUGCUAUCAAGAAAGAUUGGCUCGAUAAGUUUGAUGUUGCUAAGAAGUUGCAUAUUGAAAAAGAGACAUCAAAGCAAAAGAAAAAGGAUGGUCAAGACAAGCCUAAACCAGAGUUACUGGAGUCCCCCAGUCUGUCUGUUGAAGAAUUACCCUCUCCCCAAGUGCCACCGCUGCCGGAGUGGCUAGCUGAUGUCACAGAGGAGCUGGAUGUACUAAUAGUUGAAAGACAUUUUCAAAAAACAUAUGAACUAAUGGUAUCAGCUCAAAAGGCAUUAGAUACAGAAGAAAAUAAGAAUCAUCCACAGAGAAGUGAUUUACUGAAGAGAAUUGAACAAAAGCAGAAAGUGUUGAUAGAAAUAUUGUUAAAAGAACUUGAUGUUAAUCAUAAUUGGAGUCCGAGAGGCGGCCUGCAGUCAUCUCGGCAGCCAGUGCACAUACUCAACAAGUUUAACAUGACUAGUCAGGCAUGUGAACUAUUUCUAGCUAUAUGCAGUCACACGGUGAAGGUUCACGUGAAGGGGGUGCAGCUGGAGGGCUCCAUCAACAGUUACGUGAAGCAAGUAGGUGAGGUGUUCUUCUGCUCACUCAGCGAUGCCUUAACAGAGUUCAUUACGUUAUUUCCUAAGAAUAAAAUUAGUGCUUUCGUAGUCUGGGCUAGCAUGCAACUUAGAAUGUUAAUGAGUCAAAUUAUUAAACAAGUGUUCACUCCGCAGUGUGCGUUGGAUUCUGUGUUAGACUGUGUGCAGAGCUUGCGGGAUCAGUGUCUGCUGUUCUGUGAGUUCGGUCUAGAUUUGAGAUUUCAGAUGAACAGCUGUUUAAGAGCUCCCAUAGUGAAGGCUAUGAGAGAGUACAGGGAGAAGAUAGUAGACUCUAUGAGAAGUAAAGUGUCAGAGGACAAGUGGACCCCUGUAAAUAUGCACACUAAAGCUGGAGUCAAUAAAUUCUUAGUACAGAUGGAAAGUUUGGGCCUUAUCUUAGCUAAGUACAUAAUAAAUGAAACAUGGGUGGACCUAUCUAGUAGUACAAUAUGGUUUGCACAGUCCGUCAUAACAAUACAGAAGGUAGGCCUGCAGCUGGCCACCAAGGACAUGAUGGACGUGCUGGACGAGUGCAUCUUUGCUGUGUUCAAUGCUCGCCUUAUGCUCUCCAUAGGCAAUGAUUCUAGUUACGCUCAGAAGAACUUUAAGUUUAUUUUAGACACAGUGAUGCCUUUAAUGCUCAGAUGUUACAAGGAGGAGGUUGGAUACGACAACGACAAGCUGGUGAACCUAGCCAAGAAGUUUGGUGUCUACGUCGCACCACCAAAGAAAUCCAACAUCACAAAAUACACGAGUAACGAAUAUUUAUGAGAAUAGUCAUUAGAUUACACUUGUUUGUAUGUUGGUGUACGAAAUUAUUUUUAUUAUGCUGAAAGCUUUAAAAUUGUAAUAUAUAGUUGGUAAGCGUGCAGGACUUUUGUAAGUUUAUUUAAAGAAAACAACUGAUCAAAUUGAAGUUUAUAUUAUAUGCAAGUUAUGAAUAUGAAAUUUUAAUAAACCAAGAUUUAUGGUUCAUGUUUAAUUUUAUUCCGUAUUCAUGAAAUGUGUGGAGUCAUGAGAAUUAAAAGAUUAUUUAAACUAC